AUGCAGGGUGCCGAAGCAGCUUCCGCAGCUUGGGCAAGUGCUGCUUGGUGGCUAAUGCUGAUAGCUGUGAGCUUGGCGUGCCUCGUGCUGGUCCGGAAGGUGCUGCUUAGCAAUCCUGUCGGGAGCAUCCGGCAUUGGUACGAAGCCAGCAGCUGGCAGAAAAGUGUGUCCAGAAAGCCUGCAGCCGUCGUUCCAGAAGCAGGAGCUGCAUCCCCGUCGUGGGUGGACGACAUGGUAUGCGCUGAGCUGCAGGAGGUUUAUGCGGGCAUGGUAAGGACCUGCUUCGUGUACAUUGUCGGACCUUUUUGCUUCCUCACGGUAAUGCUUUCGGUCCUCCGUGAUGAUAUAGCCUUCCCCGACUUGCGCUUGAACUCUAACAUGCUUCCGCUCGUGGUGGCAACUCUCCUGACAGUCUGCAACCCCCCCGCGCGCAGAACGCAACUGGGGCUCUGGCUUCUGCUCGCUUUUUGGUUUGCCUCGACGCUCGCCGCACACCUGCUCCUUUCGGAAUGGCACCUUCACGAACAAGUCUGGUUGAACCACAUGUUUUUCGUGACUGUUGUCUCCGAAGUGCUGCAGAUGCCUCCGCUGUUGAUUUGGGCCAACACCCUUCUUCACUCUGCAUUCUUCAUAGCUCUGACCGUGGUCAAUGACUAUCCCAGUGAUUCGCCAUCACUCGAGCUGCAGCUGCUAAUGGUGAUUGUUAGAAUUGCAUGUGGGCACUACACCCAGCUGGUGUCCAAGGCAGUCGAAGGCUGUGCACGCGCGGAUGUGCUGGCACAGGAUGCUUCGAAGCUAGCGGCCUUGAGUCGCUCUGCGGCUGAACAGGCUCUCGUGGAAGCAGACGAGGAGGCCACUCGCGCUCGGACGGCCCAGGUGGAGUUGUCCCUGGCAGAGGCCGAGGCGAGGGCCGUUGAGUCUGUGCGAAGUGCACAGCUCCACCUCUUGAAAGUCAUGUGCGAUGCCGUGAUAGAGGUGGAUGCCGACAUGCGGAUCAUUGAGCCAGGAAAGCUGGGGUUGAUGCUCUACCAAAGCAGCCACCGCAACCUCGCUGGAACCAGGUUCGUGGACCUGCUCAACCCGAAAGAAGUGGAUCGCUUCCAAUGCUUCUGCCGAGACGAUCAGCACCGGCUUUAUCCGCUACAAACCACUUUGACGGGCGCUUACAACAUGGCGAUCUCUGUCUCGAUCUACUUAGCCACCUUGAGCCCGAGCGGAGCGAGCGGACGCGUGACACAUUUGCUGGGUGUGAAUGAAAUACAGGAAGCGCAGCCGGCAAAUGCACGUCCACAUGCCGACACUGUUCUCAGUGGCCUUGGACCGGUGGCAGACGAUGUGAGCUGCGACGACUCGGAGGAGGGAAUGCAAAGCCCCUACCAAAGCGCACACAGCUGUCACAGCGGCAGCCAGAAGAGUCCCAGGGCUUCCUCUGAUUACCCCCCGAGACCAGAGCCACCUGCAGAGUUUCGGCAACUCGAGCCGGAGGAGGAACUCCGAGCUCUGAUGUCGUUCUUGUGGCAGUGGCCUCUGCCAGAAAGAGGGAAAGGACUAUCACAGUCCUGUUGCCAGACGCACCAAGCCCUGGAUCGCGCUCGGGACGCCUUGCGAUACUUGCAGAAGCUGGACUGCCAGGACGUGCCAGCCUGCCUUGGCUGGCAGUGCCCUGCCUGCAAGUUGAAGGGCACGGAAAGCGACCGACGACUGUUUGACGAAGAGUCCUGGUGCUGCGGCCGCUGUGCCAACUGGGAAGAUUUGUAUUUAUAA